CUGGAUACGAGUCGGGAAGUUGGCUUCUGUAAAGACGUCUUGACUCUUAUUGAAUAUGAACAAGCAGAAGAUUGUGAAUACAAAAAAAUGGUCCUAUUAGCUACUUAGUUAGCUACUCUUUAUUAUAGUUCCUUAAAAACAACAAACAUCAACAACGUUUUCCUCCAACCAAAUCGACAUCAGGACAGGAUGUCAACAUUUAGCUUCAGGAGAAGUGGAAAGAAAGCCUUUAGGCACAUAGCUCACGGCUUGAUCCCUACAGCCACCAUCGCCCCCCGGCCUGCUGUACCCCGUACCCCUCCCCCUCGCAGCCCGUACCCCUCUCCAGAAAGACCCAGGUCUGCCUUGGCAGCCGCCAUCUUGUCGUCGUCGUUGACCGGCCGGACCAUCGCCCUCCCUCCUGCACGCCCCAGAUCCUUCUCCGAGAGUGACUGCUCACGCUCAGAGACACACACCACGUUCCAGCCUUACGCCAGCACGGCGCUCUACACUCGAGACGGAGAGCCAGAAUCGUUGGCUGGCCGGCCUCGCUUGCCCUCUCCUAGGCUCUCUGAAGACCAUGAUGAUGAUGAUGAAGAGGAGGAGGAGGACUUAGAGAGAUCGGUUCUGUCAGAUGAAGAUGGUCAUGUCUACCAGUCUCUGGAUCGCCGGGGGAGAAGUCCGACCAGAGACGGAUAUGACCUCUACGCCCGGCCUGUAAAACAGAGUGAUGUUCUGUCAGAGGGCAGAGAGGAGACUGAUGACUCUGCCUUCGACAUAGUGUCCCCCCUACCCCCAGAGGAAGCUGAGGGUCAACAGAUGUUUCCAACACCAGUUCAGAAGGCCACACCGUCCAAACUGGAGCAGAGGCACUUCAUCUUGGUCUCGUAG